CUGUAAUUGUCUUCUCGCGAAAGUUUAUUGAGUGUAACUAAUUUGCACUCAAUCCCAUCCCAAAAUAAACGGAUGUUUCUUUAGAUGAAGCCACUUCUUCUGGAUCACAGUCGGGAUGUUUUGACCGCAGGAGGCUGGUUUGAGCAAACGAGCGCAAUUUAUCACGGUUGGCCGGCUGCCAAAUGAAGGUCACCGAGGAUACUAAUAGUGAAGAAAUAAUUAACUCUUUUAAUUGUUCUUAUCUAGAUUCCUAAGAUGCAACUUUGCCUGCCGAUGUGCUGCGUUAGAUCCAGUCCUGCUACCGGGAUAAUCUCCAGACGGGACGUUUAAAGCCCGCUGCUUUUUGCUUCAUUCGGGCCGUGGUCUGUAAGAAUGGCAGGCAUUCCCAAAUCUUUCGCUCAUGUGCUCGCAGGCUUUCUAAUAACCGUAAUCUCGGGAUUAAGAGCCGGCGCUCUGCAGCAGGUUUUCGUGAAGGAUAUCUUGGCCGUUUACGGAGAAAACGGUUCACUGGAUCUCAAUGGCAUUAACAGUUUGUUGGAGGCAGUCGCGCAAAACAAGCUGGACCCGGACAUUCCUCUGCACGCUCAGUGCGUGUCCGGAGAAGAUAUUCUGGGGCACUACGGGCUUCAGAACCUCUCUCAUCUGACAGAGGAACAUCUGGUCACUGUGUGCCCGGCUCUGCUCAACCAAGCUGUCCUGCCGCCCUGCUCGAAUCAACCUCCGGGACACGGUGACACUGAUCUGCGCGUUUGGGGAUUCGGCUUCCUGGCCGUGACCAUCAUUAAUCUGGCUUCACUGCUGGGCCUGACUCUCAUUCCUCUCACUAAAAAGACUUACUUCCCCAAAGUGCUCACCUACUUCAUUGGUCUAGCCGUUGGCACGCUCUUCUCCAAUUCUGCUCUCCAGCUUAUACCUGAGGCCUUUGGGUUCGACCCAAAAGCCGACGGUUACGUUUUGCAAGCCGUUGGGAUCUUCGGUGGAUUCUAUGCGCUGUACAUCACUGAAAAAAUCCUGAGGAUAGUCCUGAAACCAGAAUAUGAGCAGGGACACGGACACGGUCACUUUCAGCCCUCGGAAGGCAUUCAACAGAACGGCGCCAUCAGCACGGUGGACUCUGAAUUCAACUUUGCCGGUACAGACAAAGCAAGCAUCGCCUCUGACCCUCCGGUGGAGAAGGGGUCCUGCAGAUGGCUCAGGGGGAGACGGCUGGCCAGCGUCAAGACGGUGGCAUGGAUGAUUUCCCUCAGCGAUGCUCUCCACAACUUCAUCGACGGACUGGCCAUCGGCGCUUCGUUCACCGUGUCUGUUCUCAGCGGCUUUAGCACUUCUAUCGCUAUCGUCUGCGAGGAAUUCCCUCAUGAGCUGGGUGACUUCAUUAUCCUGCUGAACGCGGGGUUGAGCGUUCCACAGGCCAUCUUCUUCAAUCUGCUGUCUGCUAUGUCCUGCUACCUGGGCCUGGUCCUGGGCAUCUUGUUGGGUAGCGCUUUUGCCCCUAGCAUCAUCUUUGCCUUUGCUGGUGGCAUGUUCCUUUACAUCGCCUUGGCUGAUAUGCUGCCUGAAAUGAACAUGAUUGCCAACGAACAAGUGCAUAGCACGAAGACUGAUAUAAUUUUUUUUGCAAUCCAGAACGCAGGAAUGCUAACAGGAUUCGCCAUGAUUCUUCUCAUUACAUUGUACGGUGGGAACAUUAGCCUGGGUUGAGCCCUUGCUUCACACUGCCCUAAAAUUCUGUGUCCAUUCCAGAUCGUGCUCUCAUUUAAGCUAUUUAUUUGAGAAGUAACUGCUUCGUACUAUUAUUAAAUCAUUUAUACUGAAGAAACUUGAAAAUCAUUAGGUGUAAAAUAAUUCGAUGAUUUCUCGAUAUGUAUAAUUUCAGCCAUUUUAUACUGUUGUAAAUAACUGACUGACCUACUAAUCGUGUUUUAUAGAAAAGAAGGCCUAGAGUGAUUUAUGGCUCACAUUUGGUGCUAUUUAAAUGAUUAACUUUGUUACUUUGUACAAUAGGAACCUUAAAAAUCAUGCAAAAUAAAAAGACAAAACAGAAAUGUAUUAAAAAGUCCAAAUUUAUGUUUUUUUUCCUUUUCCACUGGACACAUCCAUCUGUUAUACAGCUGAUGAUAUAUCUAUACAUUUAGUUAUUUAAUAUUCAUUAAACACAAUGUACACUUAAAAGCAUCUUUAAAACAGUACAGUCAGUGCAAUAUCUUUAUAGAAUCAAAUUAAAAACAUUUUCUCUCCAAAAAUAUACAUUUAUAUAGAUCUCGAACAUUAAUUCUAACCCACUUUACAAGUAAUCAGAAAAUUCAAUCACACCAGGAGGUAAAAUAACUUAAACAGUUUUGACCAAACAAAGUCAUUGGGUGAAUCUCAUAAAAAAAGGUCACAUUUCAUUCUAAAAAUCAAAAAGAAACCAGAAAUUAUACUCAGCUUUUUCCAUUAUUUUCAAGAUAUUGUGAAGAGUAUGUUCAGAAUUGUACUUGUAGUGCUCCCUUACUUGCAUUUUUUUUAAAAGUGGGCUUAAAAUGUGCUUAAUUAGCAUGAAAAGAAUGCCAAAUCUUAUUGGUCCUAAAAUGAUCCUUUAAUUUAAUAUAUAGUUAUUUAGAUUUUUUGUGGGGUGAAAUGUGACGCGUUUUCAUGCAAUUCACCCUGUUAGGAGGCACAUCAGCUCUAAAAGACCUAGAACAGCACGGUUCUACUUCAUAGUCACUGAACCAGCAGAACAAACAGAACGGCAUGGAGUUAAACACGUACGGCAAUACCGCGGAGGUUCUAGAAGCACUUAUAUGAGGCACUAAACGCAGAGCUCGGGCCAAACCACAACCACAGAACAGCACGUUAGCCCGAGGGGUUGUCCUGGCAACAGGCACGACUAAUGCAGAAAUCACCACUGUACACAUCUCUGGCAAAUAAACGACACGAGAGAGGGUGAAUCGGCGAGAGAAGACAGCAUCUUCAUCCUGGAUCUGUCAUUGAGACCUAAACCAUCAGUCAUACUGUAUAGAACAGUAGUCUGCAUUAUAUAAUCCAAAGCUUAUUUCUUACUAAUCAAGGGCCCUAUGGAAUCAAUUUUACAUGUUUUUUUCAAAAUACUGGUUUUCCAUUUAAAUUUUUCUGGAUUCAGUUUUUAUGGUUAAACAAAAAUGUACUAAAUAAAAAUCAUGUCUAAUUCAACGAAAUCAUGAACCGUACAAUAUAAUUUUUUUUUACGUUUCUUUAAAGGCCAUACGAAUCAAUGUUUUGUUUUAUUCUCUAAUUCAGGUUUAAUUUUUCCAGAUUCUGUUUUCUAUUAAUUUUUAUUCUAUUUGAAUAGUUUCUUUACAUAUUAAUGAUCAAAAGUGUCCCUAAUUAAUUGAUUUUAU